AUGCAUACGUGGAAUUGGCAUAAUGGUGAUACGUUCUACAGAUUUAACUGCUCGUAUAAAUUGGACACCCCAGGUGAAGCCUUUAUCAAUUUAACCUACAGUCUGGGAAAUUCCACGUUUUACACACUUAAGUCCGAUGGCACAUAUACAGUGACCCCAGUUGCCGGCGUUGAGGGUGUAACAUAUGUGAAAGGUGCUGAAAUAACCAUCAGCAAAUGGAAGCAGGGCAAUUAUAACUGCACAGUCAAAUCGCUAUAUCCGGGCGGCAAAAGUACAGCCUAUAAAUCCGUUUACUUAAACUCCGGCCAUAAUAUGGCAAACAAUGUGUUCAUAACCGCCGCUUUCGUCGCCCUCUCAACCGCUUUCGUAAUUAAGUCAAACGGCCGCGUUAUGGCCAUUGCGUAUACGGCAUAUAGCAAUGCAAAACUGAUGAUUAGCCCGAGCACUUUAGGUCUAGAGUACCUGAUUAUCAGUCCGUAUAAAAAGACCACAAUGACCCCAGUUGCCGGCGUUGAUGGUGUAACAUAUGUGAAAGGUGCUGAAAUAACCAUAAGCAAAUGGAAACAGGGCAAUUAUAACUGCACAGUCAGAUCGUCAAUGCCAGGUGGCUUCGCUACAGUUAGAACAUCCGUUUACUUAAACACCGGCCAUAAUAUGGCAAACAAUGUGUUCAUAACCGCCGCUUUGGUCGCCCUCUCAACCGCUAUCAAGUGUUAA